AUGUCUCCCUCACAGAACGAUAAGAAGAACACUCAGGUCGAUGUUGCCUCAAUCAAGAGCACGUCGACCAUGUCAAGUCUCAAGGCACUGCUUCCCAAGAAGACCAAGAAGGAGCCAAAGCCCCGUCUACCGAAGGAGUCCGAGGAGACGAAGGCCCUGCGGAGGGAAGCCACCUAUGCUUACUUCCAUGCGAAGUAUUAA